AACAAAAUGAUUAUAUAUGAAAGUUAUAAACAACAUGAAAUCAAAAAAUAUACAUAUAUGUAAAUGUCUAUUAUAGAAGAGAUUAUCAUCUCUUAACCUAUUUUUUGAAUGUAAAUAGAAACAAUUCUUAUGCGUACACCUAUGAAUACAUUGAAUACACCAAAUAUUUCAAAUGCAAUAAAUCAUUUGCAUCGUUGGAUUUAAUAAUACAUGUGUGCAUGAUGCAAAUAGAACUGCGUUUGUAUGUGUUGUUGAAUAAAGAAAGUAUGCAACUGAACGAACUCGCACCGUCUGCUACAUUAAAUUGACCCGGUAUAUUACACAACCAUUUCUCCCUACAAAACAAAACAUGACACGAAAUGUUUCGAUACAUCUUAUCUUGAGUGCCAAGGGAAUCAUCCUUGGUAUAAUUGCAUUUUUUGUACUAUCCAUUGGUUAUGGAAAUCAUGAAGUUGGAUUUUGGUCGAUUUUAUCAGGCAUACUUGCCAGUAUUUGUUUCCAUUUGAAUUGGGUAAAGGACAGAGAAGGUUUGGACAGAUGGCAUACGAGAGUUACAUUACGCCAUUUAAAUGUUGUAGGAUUUAUUAGUGCAGUAUCUGGUAUAACUGCAUGGAUUUGGUAUCUCUUUCUUACAUUUUAUCAAUCAAUCCCUUUAUUACCAAUUUCUCAAAGUACUGCUAUUACUGCAGUAUGGGCUUUCAUUUGUGGAACAUGGGGUAUGUUUUUAAUGUUUUACUCCAAUAAAUAUGAAUUAUUUCUUCAAGAAGGAACAGAUCCUAUUCUCAACGAAAGUACUGCUUAAAGAAUUGUAUACUUUGUUUAAAUAUUCAUAUUUUUCUAAUCAAAAAUGUUUUACUCCAAUAAUUAGGAAGGAACAGAUCUUAUUGAAGAAUUUUAUACUUUGUUUAAAUAUUCAUAUUUUUCUAAUCAAGAGAAUAUAUAUAUACAAAACAACAAUAUAUUAUUGGUAAAUAAAUCUUUAAUAAUUACUUUUUGGUUUGUUUUAUUUGAAUUCUAUUCUGUGAUCCUUAGAUAAAAGUUCUAUAAAUAAUAUUUUGUACUGAAUGUGUAUCGAUUAUUAAAUUAACUGU